CUCUACCUGUAAGCGGUGAAGCCCUGGCUGAAUGUGUAGCCGCCUCUGCCCUUGCUUUGCGAGGAUUCCAUGAAAUUAAAAGGGGCUAGGACCGGCCCGGUUCCCGAGUGGUUCCGGAGCACAGGUUCGGCACUUUGGAGUCACUCACCCUAGUGCAUCUCCGAGAAAAAUCACAAGUUCUUAUCUCUAAGAGAAACGGACUUGUCUGGUCUCUCCUUUGGUAGAUUGAGGAAAUCCAGUUAUCAAAAUGACUCCAGAAAAGAGAACCUAACAUCCAUUAACAAUGGGAAAUAUUGAAAACGUUACCAAAAAGCUACUAUUCCUCAAAACACCAGGCCCAGAUGGUGUCACAGGUUAAAAAAAAUCCUUCAUGAAGACGACAGAUCUUAAGCCACAUGAUGGAUUCAGAAGCUCAUAAAAAGAGGUCGCCAAUCAUAACAUCUUCAAAACAAGAUAUAUCACCUCAUAUUACAGAUGUUGGUGAAAGGAAACAUUAUUUGUGUGGCUGCUGUGCAGCUUUCAGCAACGUAGCGAUCACAUUUCCCAUUCAGAAGGUCCUCUUUCGGCAACAGCUGUAUGGAAUCAAAACCAGGGAUGCAGUGCUUCAGUUGAGGAGGGAUGGAUUUCGAAACUUGUAUCGCGGAAUUCUUCCUCCAUUAGUGCAGAAGACAACUACACUGGCACUUAUGUUUGGUCUGUAUGAGGAUUUAUCUUGCCUUCUCCGUAAGCAUAUCAGUAUCCCAGAUUUUGCAACCCGUAGCAUGGCAGCAAUACUUGCAGGGACAACAGAAGCGAUUUUCACUCCAUUGGAAAGAGUUCAGACACUGCUUCAAGACCACAAGCAUCAUGAUAAAUUUACAAACACUUACCAGGCUUUCAAGGCACUGAAAUGCCAUGGAAUUGGAGAGUAUUAUCGAGGCUUGAUACCUGUUCUUUUCCGUAAUGGGUUCAGCAAUGUCCUGUUUUUUGGCCUUCGGGGUCCCAUUAAGGAGCACCUGCCUACUGCAACAACGUACAGUGCUCAUUUGGUCAAUGAUUUUAUCUGUGGAGGUCUAUUGGGUGCCAUGUUGGGAAUCUUGUUUUUUCCAAUUAAUGUUGUAAAAACUCGCAUGCAGUCUCAGAUUGGUGGGGAAUUUCAGUCUUUUCCCCAGGUUUUCAAAAUAAUCUGGUUAGAACGAGACAGGAAACUGACAAAUCUUUUCAGAGGUGCCCAUCUAAAUUACCACCGGUCCCUCAUCUCUUGGGGCAUAAUCAAUGCAACUUAUGAAUUCCUGUUAAAGAUUACAUGAAAGAAAUAAUUAAGUGCCAUUUACCAACUGACUAGACCUUUAAAGAAGUAUGUAGUUUGGCCUCGUUCCUAAUUGGCCAAUAUAAGUUGGUGUCGUAAGUUCAGGGCACAAUGAAUUAUGGCAAAGCUAUUUUCCUUAAGCACCAACAAAUGCAGAAUAAAAGGUUUCAAUAGAAGAAUUUAAGGGUUUUGGGGUGUGUUUUUUUUUUUUAAUUUUUUUUUAUUGAUUUCAGAGAGAGGAAGGGAGAGAGAAACAUCAGUGAUGAAUAAGAGUCAUUGGUUGGCUGCCUCCCAAAUAUCCACUACUGGGGAUGGAGCCCGCAACCUGGGCUUGGGCUCUGACCGGGUAUCGAUGCUUCACCACUAAACCACAACAGCCGGGCUGUUUUGUUUUGUUCUAAUUAUUACCUGAGAACUUUGGGUUAAUUGCUUGGUUAAUAGCUGUCUGUCUAUGGAUGGCUUUUGCUGAGGAAACUAAUAGCCAAGAUAGUCUUUUUCCCCAAAUCUUUAAACCCUUAUUAAAACAUAAGUGGCCAUGACCAGCCAGAGAAAAGGCUCUUAGGGCCCCUUGAAUUCUCAGGCUUACUUUUAUUACUCCAUUUCUUGCUUCUCUCCUCUUAGGAGGAGUUGCAAAGUGUAGUCUUUGCUAAACUGAAGCAUAUACACAAGGAGCAGGACAGAGAAGAAAGCUUAAUAGGUGUAAGCUUUUCAUGAUAAAUUGCUUGUAUUAGUUUUGAAACAGCACCUGUUGGGAUAGUCAUUAUCCACGCUGUUUCUAUUUAGGCAUGGUAGACUCCAGCAGCUAAUGACAGCUCCCAUUUGCUUUCUGGAUUUGAAAGUUUUCUGUUUAAUUCUGAAUGUGACCUUAAACCUGUCCAAAAUAUCAUGUUAAUUUCACUGCCAAAAGGUGGGGAGACUUAAAUUUUGUCAUAGGCAUUUCAUCUUAUUAAGUUUCAUAUUAAUUAUGUAAAGAUCAAACUCUCUUUAGCUCAAUUUCUUUGAAUUGUUGUUGCCAACUUAGCAAAUAGCUUUGGGAGUUUUUCCCCCUUUACGUACUAGUUUGUCUUAUUCAAGUACUCUGUUCUCUUGAAACUCCUUUUAGAAAACACUUCCAUAAAAUUUUAUUUUGAAAGUCUAUUUAAUAGAAUCCCAGGUUUUUAUUUCUGGUUUCUCAUUGUUUUGUGUGUGUGUGUGUGUAUGGCGGGGGGGACACUCAGGAUAGCUUUCAUCCCACAGUGUUAGCUACCUUUUUUUAAUUUUAAUUUAGUUUUGGAAAUAGAGACUUGUAUUAGGAUUUUUACAUUUUGGGAACCCAAUUUUACCAUUUUAUCAUUAAAACAAUUUGAGAGGAUCAGAUCUAAAUAAAGACAUUUGAAGGGUUAAUUUUAAAUUUCUAGACUGGUAAUAGCUGGAUAGAUUAGUCAUCCCUUACCUAACAAAAACAUAUUUGUCAAAGGAAUCAGCUUUUAAGAUGUAUUUUCCCGAUAAAUCAGGCAAAAUGAUUCAUACAACAGUUGAAUGAUUAGUAAUCAUGAAACAUCCUAGAAAAGUGGUUUAUUUUUUAAAACCUACGUCUGUAAAUAUGUAGUUAAGAUUGCUUUCCAGCAUCUGACAUGGCAGAGUAGUUAGGAUUCCUACUACCAGUUUUUCAUCAGGCUGGGUAAUUGCAUAUGAAAAUGUGCACGUAAUGACCAAAAUAAAAUCAGGGUCUCAAUUGGUAGUUUACUCAGUUUCUGGGCAGAUAGUCCAAAACAGAUGUUUACCUCUACAUGCAGUAUGGCUGGUCAAAUAAAAUGAACAUCCUUCUUCCAACCAAAAGGAUUAGGAAGCAUAACCAAGCAUUUGUUAGGCAAUAAUCAAGCUCAGGAGAUUUAUAACAGCUCUGUUUGACAGUGUUGUGCUAAAAAUGGCAGUUUACUUGAGCAACCAAGGUGCAGAUGUCAGGAUUUCAGAAAACUCAAAUAAAUGUGAGUAGCAUCCUUUGGCCUAUCAAAUAGAGUCAAGGGUGAGGAUUGGAAGCAGUUCUUUCAGAAAUGAAUGACAUUGGUACUGUGGUGCAUGACCCCUCAUUUGUGUGUGAGCCCCUGAGUACUGCCUGUCUAGGUGCUCAGCAUGUGGCAGGUGUGUUAGCCUGGGGUCAUGCUCUGGCCCUGGAAGUGGACUCCAUGGGCCUUUGGUCCCACAGGGCUUGCUUUUGUCUAUACACUCCACACAGGUGGUAGAAAUCUUAAGUUCUAAAGCACUUUGUAAAAUACAAGUGAAGUGAGAAUAUAAAGGAGGACGCUUUGGUUUCUGCUGUCUCAAAUAUGUGGUAUUUACAAACAAUAAAUAUUUUUAAUGGUUUUAACUCACAUUUUUGGAUUUCUUUGUCACCUUUUACAGCUUUUGAAGACCAAACUGCAAAUACAUUACCAGGGAUGGUUCUUUGUUGUCCUGUAGACUUCUUAAAUUUGACAGAAAGUUUAACAGAACUUGUAACCAACAGCUUUGUCUGAACUUGAAAAUAAGUCAAAUUUAUGUUACAAGUAAGAUUCUACCUAUUGUUUAUACCUUCAGUGUGAAUUAGUACAGUAAUUCUGAAAAGGCAAAUAUGAUUAACUAUUUGAAAAGCUUUAAAAGUGGCCCUUUCUGUUACAUAAGUGACACAGACUGCUCAUGAGCACGGGGCACUUCUGGUUUUGCCUCCUAUAUUCAUGUCUGAUGUUAUGGAUUCCAUAUUUAACAUACGUAAAGUGGUAUGAGCCCUCAGGACUGCACCACAGACUAAAAACACAACCUCUAUAUGGUGGGAAAUUUGUGUAUCUGUUUCAUUUGUGUUGGAGACAAAGUUGAUGUUGUUUGUCUCAAUAGUCAAUAUUCAUCUUAUAGUUAUAUAAUCACCUAUAUAUUGUGAACUGUGCGGUAAAACAGAAUUGUGUAUAUAUAAUCAUUCUUUGGAGACCUGAAAUUCCCUAGCUCAAUUACAGUGAUAAUACUCAGAAGGCUGUGCAAACAUGUGAGCGGAUAAUGGGGUGGUAGACAGGAUUUGUGAAAUGGGAUCUGGAGGGCUUCCCAGUAAGCCAAUCAUGUUGACCAACACUGGUUCAGUGUAGAUGAAGGAUGGAGCAUGAGGGGUAUGCGUCAAAAUGAAGGCAAGAUAGGAGAUCAUAUUUGAAGAAAGACUUGAUUUCUUCUAAAUUAAUUCUUUGUUUUCUCAUGCAUAUAAAUGCAUGUCAAAAACUUGAACACCUAUUCUUACAUUUGAGACUUCUGUUUUAAUGCUGAUGUUUUUCCCCUUCAUAUUAAAUAUUUGCCUAAAUGGCUCCCAAAUUAUGGGGCAAUCUCUACAGUACAUGUUUCCGUUUUUAAAGUUUCAUUAAAAGUGGUUAAGCACACAAAGCUGUUUUUGUUUGAAUUUUGUGACUGAGUUUAAAUGAAACCUGUUAAAUGUUUCAGAGUUAACAUGCUUCUUUUGGUAAUUCUUUUUGGAAUAAAGUUUUCUUUUUUAAGUCCA